UGUACCGCCAGGGUGGGCUCGUCGCGCUGCGCUGUGUCCGUGCCCCGCGCGCUAGCAAGUCGCUCCCGACCACGCUUCCUAGCCACCGCCGCGUCAGGAGAGCUCAGGAAGACCGCACUGUAUGGCUUUCACCUCCAGAAUGGUGCCAAGAUGGUCCCGUUUGCGGGCUUCUCCAUGCCGCUGUCGUACGGAGACGUCGGCGCAGUGGCGAGUCACCAUCACGUCCGCACGUCCGCCGGACUCUUCGACGUCGGACACAUGGUCCAGUCCAACUUCCGCGGCGCGACCGCGACCGCGUUCCUCGAAUGGCUGACGCCGUCCUCCCUCUCCGUUCUUGCCCCUUUCUCCUCAACACUCUCUGUCCUCCUCAACGAGCGCGGCGGCAUCAUCGACGACACCGUCAUCACCAAGCACGCCGACGAUGCCUUCUACGUCGUGACCAACGCGGGCCGCCGCGAGCGCGACCUCGCGUGGUUCCGGGCGAAGCUGGCAGAGUGGAACGCCAGCGAGCACGCCGCAGCGGGCAAGGUCGCACUCGAGGUGCUCGAGGACUGGGGCCUCCUGGCGCUGCAAGGUCCCGAGGCCGCACAGUAUUUGCAGAACCUGACGACGUUCGACCUGACGACGCUGACGUUCGGCAGGUCCGCGUUCGUCCCUGUCAAGGGCACGAAGCUCCAUGUCGCGCGCGGCGGGUACACGGGAGAGGAUGGCUUUGAGAUCUCCAUCCCACCGGCACAAACGGAAGAGAUCGCGGCCCUCCUCUCAAAGUCACCCGUGCAACUCACCGGCCUCGGCGCGCGGGACAGCCUGCGGCUCGAGGCGGGCAUGUGCCUGUACGGCCAGGACCUUGAUGAGGAUACAACGCCCGUGGAGGCAGGGCUGACGUGGGUCAUCGGCAAAGACCGCCGUGAGACGGGCGGGUUCAUCGGUGCAGAGGGCGUGUUGAAGCAUCUGAAGGACGGCCCACCACGACGGCGUGUAGGCAUGAUUGUCGAAGGUGCACCUGCCAGACAGGGGGCCAAGAUAUUCGCGCCGUCGAGCAGUGACCUAGUCGGUGUUGUGACGUCGGGCAUCCCGUCGCCGACGCUGGGCAAGAACAUCGCGAUGGGCUACGUGGAGUCGGGGUGGCACAAAAAGGGCACGGAGGUGGAGGUGGAGGUGCGCAACAAGCUGAGGAAGGCUGUGUUGACGCCUAUGCCGUUCGCGCCGACCAGAUAUUACAGAGGGUGAUGUGGGCUUGCUCGGGUGUCUGCACUUCUGCGGCCAGUGUGGAUGGUUUACUUUAUCGGUCUCUGCAAUGAUGCGUUGUGGGAUGGUUAGGACAUAACCUAUAACGGGUACUGUUGCGCGCGCACUAGAUUUUGAAGCACGAGAGUUGCGUAUUGGGUGAGUGGAGUGGGAGGGCCUUCUGCAGUAGGUUUGAUGACUUGUCGACUAUGAUAGCAAAGAAAGUUAAAUAACCGCGUCAUGGCCG